CGCCCUCCCGCCUUCCCGCAUCUUCGCCUUUUCCUGCACGUCCAAGCCCUACCGUGCCUCACAACUGCACCUUUGCACAUCCUGGUUUGCUGUCAUCAUGAACGGAUACGGCUAUCCUGUAGACCAGUCCGGCUACUACGCAGAUUCUAGCUACAACAUGCCGCAAUACACCCCCGCUCAAAUACACGCAUACUAUCAACAGUAUGGCUGCUACCCUGCGGGCUACCAACCACCACAGCAAACGCCCCAAGUACCCACCUCUGCAUACGGUUACCCACAGGGCACUACCGCCUACGGCCAUCCUUCCACCUCGCACGAGUACUAUACGCCCGUGGGUAGCGCCCAGCAAGUCGCCCGGUAAGUCAACGGUUGCUUGAUACAGACAUUGAAUUCGAUCCGUUCGGCUAACAUCUCCUAGGCCACGGAGUCCACGGUAUGUGAUCCUUCACCCCACGGUGCUGGUUUUCGCCUUGCAUGAAACCCUAACAUCA